UCCAGGCGGGGCGUUUUGUCUUCACUCCACCGACAUGCCGCUUCAGCUGCUCUUCCUUCUCCAGCUCGUUCUGCUGGUGGGUCAAGGACAAGCACAAAACCCAGGAUGCGGGGUCCCCGUCAUAAACAGCAGAAUUGUUGGGGGAACGGCAGCAACAGAAGGUGCCUGGCCUUGGCAAGUGAGCCUGCGUUGGAAGGGUUUUCAUAUAUGUGGAGGGUCUGUCAUCCAAAACGAGUGGGUGGUCACUGCUGCUCAUUGCUUUCCAAGCUCUCUGAACACCUCUUACUACGAGCUCUACCUCGGCAUUCUCUUCAGCGAUGGAAUAAACCCCAUUAACGUCACCCGUCACCUGAAGAGCAUUUUCAUUCAUCCAGGCUACGUAAACUUUGACCAAGGAAAUGACAUCGCCCUGCUGCAGCUGGACGCACCUGUGAACUACACGGAGCUGAUCCUCCCAGUGUGUCUCCCCACCCAGAAUUCCACUUUCUCAGCUCAGGAUAACUGCUGGGUGACGGGCUGGGGUGACAUCAGAUUAGGAGUUCUGCUGCCCAGCCCUGGCAUUCUUCAGCAGGUGAAAGCGCCAAUCGUCUCCAACGCAGACUGCAGUGUGAUGUAUCAGAGUGAGGCGGUCAUCUUAAGUGACAUGAUCUGCACAGGUUACCCAGCGGGGGGUAAAGGCCCUUGCCAGGGAGAUUCUGGAGGGCCCCUGGUGUGCCAGAGUAGCACUACUGGCACUUGGAUUCUGGCGGGUAUUGUCAGCUUUAGCGAUGGAUGUGCCAAAGCGGGAAAGCCCACAGUCUACACCCGCGCCUCCUCAUUCACAGUCUGGAUUCAGGAAAUGACCAACGUGACCACAAUCCUUGAAUACCAGACCUCUGGCGUGUCUCGCCUUGAAGAAACUUUGUCUCUUUUAGCUUUGUUGAUUGUGUCAGUUCUGUCACUUUGAUCCUCAAUGAAUGACGAGUUCCACCAUCUUGGGGGUACUCACAGACAGGUCUCGAUUGUAUCGUAUUCCCCAGACAUCGAGCCAACCUUCAAGUCCCAAGGAGGAUUACAUCUGAACUGGAAAGGUGAUGACGAUGUGGCGUAUCGUUUUGGUGACACCCGGGCUUAAGCAAUCAGUCUCUAUCAAGGGGGUCACACUUGAGCUUUCUGUAUGUUUGCCAUUUUUGUUAAUUAGUUGCUGCUAAUGGAACAAACUCCUUUUGUCUUCAUUUUAAUGGACUCUUUUUAGGACUCGGAGGCAGCAAGAAUCCUAACUGAUCUGUAAACACGUGCUCUCUGUGUGUAAUGAGCUGUGCACAUCCAGCAAACUCACUGCACUAGUUCAGGAUGAAUGAUGCCAGCCUGGUGGGGAGAAUGUUGCAUUGUAAGUAAUACCUGGCACAGAACAGAAGAUGUUUCAAUCAAUAAAGACAA